UAUGUGAUGCCAUUUUGGAUGAUUGCUCCUAAUGACGACGAUUCCCAAACCCCUCGCAACCCAGCACACAACACAACUUUGCCAUCACAUCUGAGCCACACGAUGCAUCUGGUUGAAUUAUGAUACUUUGAUAGAUAAAGCAACUCCUGCGUUAUCUCAGUCAAGGCACUUCGUUUUCAACUACACAAACGCUGGUAAUUCUCGCUCAUCAUUAAUCAACACCCCCUUGUCAUUUCACUUCCUUCAAACCCCUUUCUCUCCGCUGCUAUUUUACUCAUUUCGAUGACUCUACAUUACCCAAUCAAAACCCUAAUAUCGUUCCUUAUUAUAGAACCGCGUAUAGGGUUCUUGUUUUUUCAUUUGGGGAUCCUCCUGAAGUUUAGUCUGGUAGUGGAAUUGUUGUUCGGCCGGGGAUUUCUGGUUAUGAUGUGUCUGGUAGCGGUGGUGGUGGUGGUGCUAGCUUCGGUGGUGAUUCGUAUUUGGACAAGAGAGAGCCAAGAAGGUGCUUUCUGUGGCAGUUUAUAAGAGAAUAUUUCAUGACAAGUCCACGUGGUUGGUAUAUUACUUCAGCAUGUUUUUAUCCUUUCAAUAAUUCCAUGCACAUAUGCACACACUUUUUUUACUUUUUUGUUUCAAAUCUAAUGUAAAGUUUUUUUUUUUUGGUUUAAACUCUUCAAUUGUAUUAGUUAUACUGGUUUUGUCAUGUUCUUACUAUUUGGAAUGUUAGGCCUGCAGGAGAUUCAAGUAAUGAUGGUAAGUAAAGCCAAUGUUGUUGUUGAUAAUGAUAAUGAUAAUGAUGAUGAUGAAGUUGAACUUGAGAAAAGUAAUAUCCUUUUGAUGGGGCCGAGUGUAUUCCGUACUUACAGCUCUGUGUUGUCAUGUUUCGGAUUCGUAAGAUGUUAAUGUGUGAUGCUUUUGUUCUUUGAAGCACAAAUUUUUCUAAUGGAUUCAGUUCACUGUCAGCAGCCUAGUUUCAUUUAGUUGCACUAGCAGUGUUAUUGAAUAUCAGUUAUGGCAGAUAUCAGUGGCGGUUUUUGGGCUAGCCGCAACAGUAAAUAUGGGCUGAUAUUGCAGAUUUUUCUGCCCUAAUCUGCUAUGACGGCGCCACAGAGGGGCCGGUACAGCAGGAUCUUGCCUCUCUGCCAUGGACCGCCAUCUGCCAUCGACAACACUGUGCACUAGUAUAUUAUUGAAUUUUUAAAAAUUAAAGCAGCAGCAUAAUUUUGUAAAAGCAAAAUUACACUGCAGUCUAGGUUGAUAAAUUCAUAGAGCCAGUGAUAGGGUCAUUAUAAAAAAUUAAUUUAUUUAAUUUGAUUUUGUUGUCUAGGAUUUAAUUGGAUUUUAUUGAGUGUCAUAUAUAUGAUUAAGUGAACAAACAUUACUCUAUGUAUCAAACAUAUUCGAUCCACGACAACUGCAGUUUUUUUAAUCCUCUUAAGUCAUGCAGAUUCACUACGGUUGGAAACAUCUAGAGAAUCAAUAGGAACCGUCGGAUCUUAAUGAAUCAGAUGGUUUUGAUUGAUUUUGAUCAAACCGUACAGAUUAUGUCACCGUACGUGAUUGCGACUGCAGCGCAGCACUCAUUCAAGAAAGCAUGUUUCAACCAACAAGCAACAGCAGCAACCAAGAUUUGGUUCAUACCAUGCCACAGUCUCUCCAAGGGACCUCGACAUCAGUGCCAACGGAUCUGAGUGAAAGCUCCAUGGACACAAAAGACAACUUGCAAAAUAGAGAAUUUAUAAAUGCAGAAAAUAUCAUCAGGCACUCCCAGAAACUACAAGGGGAUCUGCAAGUGUUUGGGAUGAAAAUUAAGCAGCAUGAGGACAGGCUGAGUCUUUUGAACACGGAAAAAGUCAAAUUAGAAGACUCCAUUAUUCAUUUGCAAGUUGCUAUUGGGAAAUCAAAGUCUUCAAGCACAACAAAGAUUGAUAAUGCAGAGGAGGAGGUAGAUAAACAAAUAUUGCAGCAUGAAAAAUCUGCUGCUAGUGUUUUGUGCCAGAUAAAGACUCGUUAUGGAGCGCAUGCUUCUCUUCUUACACUAAGAAAGGAGGUUAUAGGUAUUGUUCCUAUGCUGGGAAGAGUUGAGGAUGACAAUCUCAGCAGACUUUUCUCUGAGUAUCUCGGAGUGGAGACUAUGUUGGCAAUUGUUUGUAAAACUUCUGAAGGAGUUAAAGCUAUCGAAAUGUAUGACAAGGAAGGCUGCAUAAAUAAAAGUAGCGGUCUUCAUGGGCUAGGUGCAACUAUUGGAAGGGCUUUGGACGGUCGAUUUUUAGUCAUAUGUCUUGAAUCCCUAAGGCCUUAUGCUGGUAAAUACGUGGUUGAUGAUCCACAGAGGAAGUUGGACAUUUUAAACCCAAGAUUGCCCAAUGGGGAGUGUCCGUCUGGAUUUCUUGGGUUUGCUGUGAAUAUGAUUAAUAUAGACACCGAGAACCUGUUUUGUGUAACUCCGAGUGGUUUUGGCCUCAGAGAAACUCUGUUUUAUAAUCUCUUUUCUCGUCUACAAGUAUAUAAGACUAGGGUUGAAAUGAUGCAAGCACUUCCUUUGAUAACUGACGGAGCUAUUUCUUUAGAUGGAGGAAUGAUUAGGAAUUGUGGUGUAUUUUCCUUGGGCAAUAGGGAAGAUGUUAAUCUGAGAUUCCUCAGACCAGAAAGAUCAGCGGGGCUUGAUGAACAAGUUGAAAUUGAGAAGAAAAUGAAGGAUGCCCAGUUGAAGAAGGAAAAAAUUUUGGAAGAUCUAAAAAGGGAAAGGACAUUAUUGGACACGGUGAAGCACAAUUUCAGCAAAAAGAAGAUUGAUUUUCUCAAGUAUUUGGCUUCAAGUUCAUCAUCAUAUGCAACCCCGGUUCAGAAUGCUCCUUCCGUACCCUGAUGAUGGGAAACCUAUAUAUCCAUUUUUUAGAAUGGCCCUGGAAGAUGAAGGUUAAGUUCUGUUGCGAAAUAUGUGGUUUACCCAAAGUUAUAUGACAACUGAUUUUGCGGAGUGGGUGUGAUUGGAGGCCGUGAAUGCUGUAGAUCUUUGUUAAAGCCAUUUUUUCUGCUUGUAAUUUUAUUUGACCUUUGAAAUUUGAAUAAUUUGAAACGUCAGAAUGUUGUGCUAAAUUUAACGCCAGCAUUCUUCUCACUUUUUUCUCAUCCAUUUUCUUCUCACUAUUAUCUUAAAUCUCAACAUGUCAAAAUCACCUCUAUAGGAGCAGUGAGGUAGAGUCUUCGUUCAUAUCAAGGAAAUCAAGUUAUUGAAUGAAGAAGUGGUACGAAAUUUCAUUAUUUGUAUUUGAAAAUAAUUAGAGUGAAAUGAAACAUGAUGAAAUUCCUUCUCA